AUGUCGUGGGAAGGCUACAACUACGAGGACGCGAUCAUCGUCAGCGAGCGGCUAUACAGGGACGACUACUUCACCUCGAUCCACAUAGAGCGGCACGAGAUGGAGGCCCGGGAGACCAAGCUGGGCCCCGAGGAAAUCACUCGAGAUAUCCCCAACGUGGGUGAGGCCAGCCUGCGAGAUCUGGACGAGCGGGGCAUCAUCCGCGUGGGCGCGGACGUUACACCGGGCGACAUCCUGGUCGGCAAGGUUACUCCGAAGGGCGAGACCGAGCUCACAGCAGAGGAAAAGCUGCUCAGGGCGAUUUUCGGCGAAAAAUCCCGCGACGUUAAAGACACCUCCCUCCGUGUGCCGCACGGGGAGCGCGGCAAGGUCAUUGACGUGAAGGUGCUGAGCCGGGAAAACAAGGACGACCUGAAUCCCGGCGUCAAAGAAGCGGUCCGGGUGUGGAUCGCCCAGACUCGCAAAAUCUCCGUCGGGGACAAGAUGGCGGGACGCCACGGCAACAAGGGCGUCGUUGCCCGCAUCCUUCCCGAAGAGGAUAUGCCCUACCUGGAAGACGGGACACCUGUCGACAUCAUCCUCAAUCCCAUCGGCGUGCCGUCCCGGAUGAACUUGGGCCAGGUGCUGGAAACGCACCUCGGUAUGGCCGCAGACCGGUUGGGGUUCCAGGCCAAGACUCCGGUGUUCGAUGGAGCGACCGACGAGGCCAUCGAGGACUCUCUCGCCAGGAUCUGGUUCCGGGAACAGGCCACCGCGGCGUACAACGGGAACGGGAACGAGAACGGCAACGGGCACAAGAAUGGCAACGGGCACCAUCUCGACGAAACGGAAGUGGUGUACCGGUGGCUGUCAGAAAGGGGCUGCGACCCCUAUGAGAUAUUUGACGAAUCCAAGCUGGGCCUAGCCCCGCGAGACCUGCCUCCGAUGCACCAAGAGGCGCUGAAGGUUCACCGCGAGAGGCUCAUCGCUCCGCCCACGUUUGGCAAGUUCCAGUUGUUCGAUGGGCGCACCGGAGAGGAGUUCGACCAACUGGUGACUGUGGGCAGCAUCUACAUUCUCAAGCUCAUUCACUUGGUUGAGGACAAGAUUCACGCCCGUUCCACUGGGCCGUACUCCAUGAUCACCCAGCAGCCCCUGGGCGGGAAAGCCCAGUUUGGUGGCCAGCGCUUCGGUGAGAUGGAAGUGUGGGCCCUGGAGGCUUACAGCGCUGCCUACAACCUGCAGGAGGUGCUCACCGUCAAGUCUGACGACGUUGCCGGCCGUGUGAAGACAUACGAGGCCGUCGUCAAAGGCGAGCCCAUCGGGCAGCCCGGCGUCCCUGAAUCGUUCAACGUACUGAUGAAGGAGUUGCAAAGCCUGGGGCUCAGGGUGCAACUGUUAAGCGAGGACCAGCGGCCGGCGACCACAACCGAAAACGGGAAAGACUUCGCUACAGAACUUGGCCAGAGCUUUGGACGAGCCAGCGAGGGUGAUACGGAGCUAUUUCCUCUGGAGACGAUUUAA